AAUCUCCUUGCCUCCCUCACAAUUUCUUUGCUUUCAACAUUUCCAUUCACGCUUUCUUUUUCUGGAAACGAGGAAAAUGAAAUACUAGUAAAAAUCAAAUGCACUAGGCAUCUGGAUCGACGAAGAAGAUGAAUUACAGCACGGAGUUCAGAAACCACGAAGACGACGCUUGGUACACAGUCAUGGUUACUCUCGAAGAAAACGAAACCCUGAGAGUAACCUACGAGAAAUUCACAGAUGAAGAAGAUCAAUUGUUCAUACCAUCGUUUUUCGAUUCUUUGGAAGAUCUUCGGGACUUCGAGAAUCGCUUCAGACCUCUCUCCAUUCAGGUUCAGGAUCACGAGUGUCGGAAACUCGUUAAAGGCGUUAAGGUCUGUGCUUCUCAGCAUUUCAUCCCCAAUGACCUUCGUUUCUAUGACGCCAAUGUUGAAUCGGUGGAAGAACACCCGCAUUCUCGUAAAAAAAAUGAAGAGUGUCAUUGUAAGUUUAUACUGUCCUGGUUACAUGGGCCAAAUACUGGAUACAUGACGGAGGCAGAAAUUGGCGAUAUUUGCACUGUGCAACCGAUUGUUGAGCUUGAUCCAGCUGUGGCUUCAUUCCUGGAGAUUGCCAAGAGGAGAAUAGAAUUGAAAUCUGGACAAGAAAUAGUGGCGUGCUGCAAUGGUGAAAUAGAAACUAAGAAGAAACCAAGUCUUUUCGAACGAAUGCAAAAGGGAAGACGGCGCGCCAAACGUACUGUUUUGGUUGACGGUUCUCCGAAAGGUUUAGGUUCUCCUAAAGUUGACCUUGAUGAAAAUAUGGAAGAUAUGGUGUUGGAAGGAAAAAGAAAUGUGUGUAUGAUACUUAUGGGAAAUCUUGAUAAAGAAUUAAGUCCAUCAACAACGGUAGAGUUCUUACGCAAACAUACUCAAGUAUCUGCCAGUGUCUUCAUAUUUUCAAGUUUAUCAUCAGAGAUAUACACCAGGGGUGCCAUUAUGUCACAAACCGAACAAGAUUUCCAGAAACUUUGUGACUUUUUGACAAAUCCCAACCACAUCAUAAUUUCUUCAACUGGCAGGCCAUGGACGGUAAUUGAAAAACAAGUGGGCCUCAGAAAUAUCAAAGCAUCAAUAGGAACAUUUCCUGGAUCAGAGGAUGUAGCACAGGAUGGAAAGAAUAGAACUAGCAACAGUUUGAAGGUUGUAUAUUCAGGAACUCAAGAAUUCAAGAGAGCUAGUGCUCUGAGGGAAUUGUUUUUGGAAUUUUUUGAUCAGCAAGUACGGCUGCACAAGAAGCUUGCUCUUCUGGAAGGGAGUGAGUUUGAAAUCUGAAACGUCCCCUUAUUGAACUUGCUUAACAGUUAACAUAACAUCCUCUAGUUGUUACCGGUUGUUGUAUGUAGUUUUGCAGAAAUUGUUAAUAUAACCAUUCCUGCUUAAGCUUAGAGGACAAUAGAAGUAGUAGAUCCUAAUUUCCCUUAUCACAACAUUCCUCAAAUGGGAUAAGAAUCCAUAUUUGAAUAUCUUAAGGUAAAUAGUGACCAAUAUUUGUUAUAUUCAACUUCAAUGGUAGGAUAUCUCUAUUUUGUAUA